CCGAGGGAGGAGGUGGUGGAGUGAGGAGUGCAUGUUGGCAUGCGAGUGGGAGGACGGAGGGAGAUCCAGGGGGGAGAGGAAAAUUAAGACAGGUGCAUUUGAUUCCGCUCACUGCUGACUGAUACCUCCACCUUAAAAAACACACAGAAACACACACAAUAACAACAACAACAUCCCAUGUGUGUGUGUGUGUGCGCCUUCGCUCCGAGCAGCAGAGGGAAUCUCUCAGGAUACACGGAUGUGAGUUAGAGGAGUGCCGAGGAAGAGGAGCCCGAGUGUGUACCGCCCCGGGGGGGAGCUCACGCAGACUGCACACACUCUCCGGCGGGCACCCGUUUCCCUGACAACUAGAAUGGGCUGCAAUUUGUGCACCUUGCAGAAACGAGAGGAACACUACAAACUGCUCUAUGAGAUCGCACAGGUCAACGGACGUGACUUUUCCAGAGCAGAACAUGAAGAGGCAGUGGUGGAAGCCAUCAGACGAGACCCCAUCGUUGUGCAGGUUCUGCGGGGAACCCCCAACAGAGCUGGUUCUGCCCUCUCACACAGCCACAGUGGCUCGCCACAGGACGUGUGCGUGGUUGAUGUCUGCACGCAGACAGACAUCACCUUUGAGCACAUCAUGGCGCUGGCCAAGCUCCAACCGUCCACCCCACCGGUCCCUGACAUCUGUCCAUUCCUUCUUUCUGACAGCUGUCAUUCCAUUCACACCAUGGAGCACGAGUAUUAUGAAUGUCCAGAGUACAUGUCUAAUACCCCGGCAGAGGUGGAUAGGGCCGAAGACUAUGAGUAUGAGGAGGUGGAGCUGUGCAGGCAGAACAGCCAGGAAAAGCUUGGUCUGACGCUGUGCUACCGGACCGACAAUGAGGAGGACACCGGCAUCUACGUCAGCCAGGUGGAGCCAAACGGCAUAGCAGCAAAAGACGGACGCAUCAAGGAAGGAGAUCGUAUUCUGCAGAUAAAUGGCUGUGAAGUGCAAGACCGAGAGAAAUCUGUCACCUUGUUGUCAAGUGAGGAGGCAAGGAGCAUCACGUUGUUGGUGACAAGGCCAGAAAUCCAGCUGGAAGAGGAAGCCGAAUGGUUGGAUGACGAGCAGCAGGAGCUUGUUGAGGAGCUGAAGAUGGAGAUCCUGGAAGAAAAAAAGAGGCAAAGGGAACUUGGCUUUGACAGUGGAGAACAACAUCUUGAGGAGGAGACGACAACAGAUACAGCUACCUGUUCCUCCAACAAUCAAGACAGUGGGUUUGGGCGCAGUACAGACAGUCCUGAGCACCAGCCCCUUCUCGUCAGACUUCACAGAAGGAACACACCACAUUGUCUUAGGGAUCAAUGGCGAUCAGAGUAUCCACGCAUAAGGCGAGGGCUUGUUGUGCCACAGGAAACACAUGGUACAAGAACCCUGCCCUUAGACCAAAGCCACGAAAGGGUAGUAAAUAUUCGCAAUAGUGGAGGUGGUGUCCUUGGUUUAGAGAACUGCUUUCAGCAGUUGUUGGAGCUCAAAUGUCAAAUUCGGAAUGGGGGUGAAUGUGGCGUGUACUCCAUUAGACACAGUAUAGAAUGCAGUCUUACUGAGCAAAGUGGGCGGGAGGGAGACGGCGAAGAUGAUGGAAAAGAAGAUGGAGGGGUGGAGCAGGAGUUAAGGAUGUUAAAUGAAGAGCUGCGUAGCAUUGAGUUAGAAUGCCAGAGCAUCAUGAAAGCCCACCAACUUCGUCAAUCCUGCCAGGUGGAGCACUCCCAGACGGCACCUUGUUCACCGGGACGGAGCCCCAAAGAAGUACACAAGCGGUAUGGCAGAUUGGCCGACAUCCACGAACAUCCAGAACGGUUGGACAGUGAUAAGCUCCGCGAAAAGGAUAGUUCUAGUGCCUACAACACAGCAGAGAGUGCACGAUCAACACCACUGGGUAUGGAGAGAUCUCCUGAUCACUCUCUGCAGAGACAAAUCAGGAUCACCAACCAGAAAAACCUUAAUUUAGCCUCCGCCACCCCCAGUGCUCCCAUUCCAAUUUUUAAGCCCCAAGGAGAGGCAAGAAGUCUCAGACCUGCAGAUCCAGGUCCAGUUAUCUCAAGCAGCCCAGAUCAGACCAAUCCCUCCAGAUCUGAGUCAGACCCAGCCCUACCAGCAGAUGAUGAAAGGUGUGAGAGAAAGGGGAGGACAAGAGACUCAAGGAGAGGGAUUCCCUAUGGCAGUGCAUACCACACUGCCACAUAUCAUGGCCAAGGAGGAACCAAACAACUCCAGAGCUACAUGCAACUCCUACAACAGCACUCAACCCUAGAAUAUUCUCAGAGCCAGUUGAGUCUCUUGAGUCUCUGUCGAGAUCCUGCACUCCGAAGUGGACGUGCUGGAGAACCGCGUCUGGAAUGGAAAGUAAAAGUUCGUGCUGACGGGACACGCUAUGUUGCACGCAGGCCCGCUCGUGACCGUAUACUGCGAGAGCGGGCACUUAGGAUCAGGGAGGAGAGGAGCGGAGGCAUGACCACUGACGACGAUGCCAUGAGUGAAAUGAAGAUGGGUCGCUAUUGGAGCAAAGAGGAGAGAAAGCAGCACUUGGCACGAGCCAGGGAGCAAAGGAAGAGGAGAGAGUUCAUGCAGAAAAGCCGCCUUGAUUGUCUGAAAGAGGGACCAACAAGCGGAGCCGAGGGCCGGAAGGAGAUCAAUAUCUUAGAGCUCAGUCACAGGAAAAUGAUGAAGAAGCGAAACAAGAAGAUCCUGGACAAUUGGAUGACCAUCCAAGAACUGAUGAGUCAUGGUGCAAGAGUUCAAGAAGGUUCUAAAGUGCAUAAUGCCUUUCUAUCUGUCACUACUGUUUAACAGACACCUUUAAAUGAUGCAUAAUUGUUAAUAAACUCUUUUUCUAUCUUGUGGUCUGAAUUUCAGAAACCACAGCCUGCUUUUUGAAAAGUGUUUCUGGAAUUUAAAAUUAUGUAAUGAUGGUGUGGGGUUCUGUAGCAUAGAUAAAACGUCCUUAGGCUGAGCAUUGAAAAGCAAUGAACUUGUUAGCUUCGUUUCCAUUGAGUGAUACGGUACAGUUUACAGAGGUCCAGUCAAUUCAGGUGAGUGUUUCCACAAUGGAUGUCAUUGUUUUCUUUUGGUACUUCGUAUAUACAAGUCAUUUAAUGUUGUUUGAGAGGACAUUGAAGGCAGUGAAGAGGAAUACAACGUUGGUGCAUUGUUUUGUCGUAACCUUCCUCCAAUCUACGGAUUUUAUCGUGUGACGACAGUAACUCCCCCCAAACCGUUCCGUUCCAUUUUUCUAUGGACCUACAAGUAAUGGGGGCCCAAAAAUGGCCCCAUUCAGUCUGACUUAAUGGGUACAUAUCAUAAUGGAAACGCUCAAAAUACUGUACUGUACUGUACCAUACCACUCAGUGGAAACAAGGCUUCUACGUACCACAUCAAAGCCAUUCUAAGCAUUACUUAAAUGUUUUAUACACUGGCUUUUGUUGGUAUUGAAUUCAUAUCUAGUAGCAUGUUAGUUCAAACUGAAUGAAAAAAAAUCGGAGGAAUCAGAAAGUAAGUUGCUGUAAGCUUUGUACUCUGUCUCUACUUUCGUCAUUCACCAAGAGCUUAUGAAGCAGUUCCACUUGCCUCGUUCAAGGUGGCAUUUUUUGUACAAGAAAAUAAUAUUUUUCACAAUUUGUAUUCUCUGCAACGUUUUGUAAGGACUUUUUCACACUGAAUGUCAAUGUACUGUAAGCAUUUUAUUAUAAUUUAUUAUUUAUAUUUGUAUCACCAAAUUGUCAUUGUUAAGGUAGACUAUGUGAUUGUACUUUAUACCAUACUUUUACCAGACAGAACAGAAAUGAAAAUUCUUUUUGGAAGAGAUGGAAAAAAAAGUGUGCUCUUUCAAUUUCUGUAAUCUUUUUAUUUUCUAUUUUUUUUGACAGUUGAAAUCAUCUGAAUUAUGUAUAGUACUUAUUGAAAAGCACUGAAAAUGACAAUGUCCCAACUUUAAGGCUAAUAUCAGUGUUUAUUUAAGGAAAUACUGUAUUUGUCACAUCUUUACCUCAACUUGCAGUCAAAGCUCUUGUCAAGAUUUUAAAACUUGGUACUAGGAGAUGGUUAAUCUCUAGUGGUUUAUAAAUUGAUUUCUGAAUUAUGUUUAAAAAUUUGUUUGCAAAAUUCUAAUUUAUAAUACUAGUUAUUCAUUCUAUACUGUAUGUUAUGUCUUUCUGAUUUAUAUUAAGGUAGGAAAACCUUGAUAUGGCAGCAAUAUUCAAUGAAUUUUAAAAACUGUAUCAUUCAAAACUGCUGCUCUUAUUGUCAACUUUAUUUAAGAGGCCUUGAGUUCAGUAUUUGUUGACGGUGAUGUUUGUAAGAAAAGGACAAUAAUAAAGAAAACCACUAUAGGUUUUUCUGUCAAUGAA